AUGAGCUUGAGAGUAGGGGAGUUCGUGGAUGUGCAUGGCAUCGGGCAUAGCAUCGUGCGUUGCAGCCGCUGCUGUCGCACGGCAAAGGAGUGCAACUACAGGAUCAAGGCGAAGGGCCAGUCGACUUACCAGUGCGACGCGUGCAACACGAACGGGGUGCGCCUUUCUCGGAGGUUCGGACAGUGGCCGCCAAAGUGUUUCGCCAAAAUGAAGAGUGAGUUCAAGCAGCAGUUCUACAAGUAUCUGGCAGAAGAUCCUGGGCUGUCGAACCUCGAUCGCAUUGAAGCCUUCGUGGUCAGCUCAAUCACUGUCCAACGGAUGGAGGAGGAGCGCGUCCGCCAGGGUGGCAAGUACCUUCCGCUGAGGAAGUGGGCGCACGACGGCUUCGACGCGAAAAAGAUUGAAGAUAAUGUGCAGGAUAAGAGGUGGAACCCUGAUCUCGGGGAGUGGACGUACAGGCCGCAAUUGGAGGCGGCCUGGAGCGAGACAGUGGAGGCCGCAGUGCGCAACGAGCUGUACACCGACAAGAGGACGCAGGCGAAGCAGAGCGGCCCGCGGGCAGCGGCCUCGACGGGCGUCGCAGAGCACGGCGGCGACAAGGGCGACAGAAGCGACGAGAGCGAAAUGUCCAGAUCCAGGCGGCGCCGCAGGCGCAGGUCUGACAGCCGCAGGAGCCGCUCGCGCGGCGACCGCGACAGGAGCAAGAGCCGCCGCAAGGGCAGGAGCACUAGCCGCGGCAAGAGCAAGGACAGGAGCAAGAGCAGGGAUAGGGACGCUGAGAAGGAGCGGAGGCGACAGGAAGCGAGGGAGAAGGCCGAGCAGGCCAAGAAGGAGACGCAGGAGAAAAACCUGGCGCUGAAGUGGAUCGGCACCGCAACGAGGCUCGAGACAGAGCUGGACGGGUACCUCGAGCAUGAGAAGGCGGACAAGGUGCCGUCAUGGGCUGUGAAGAACGCGAAGGCGGCGAGGAAGUCUGUGGCAGUCAUGAAGGCGGUGGCGCAGAAGCGCGUGCACAGCGGCGUGUCGUUGACGAUCACGCAGGACGAGGCCAUCAGCAUCCAGAAGGAUGCGAGCUCGGCGGCGAGGGCCAUCGCGGGGAUGCUCAAGGAGGCGCAGAAGCACAGCACCUGA